CUAAAAAUGGACAAAUAUUAAUUAUAUGUAUAGAAUAAAAUACACAUUUACUACUAUGGUAUCUCAAGGACAAGUUAUGAAUGGAGAACAUUUGAUCCACGUACUAAAUAUAUGACCAUUUCCCUAGAAAAAAAAAUAAAAUAAUUUUACCAAAAUUUUAAAAAAAUGAAGAAAAUGACAGGAUGUAGGGGAGACAAGUCUAGCUCACAAUGCAAGUGCAAGCUUUUUGAACCAACUUCAACAAUUAACAACCCACAAUCAAUAGCCUCCAAGGAUUUUGUGUAAUCAAGUAGUGUUUAAAGUAAUAAUACGAGGCGAUACCGAGAAAUUAUAAAUAUGAGGGGGAGAAGGGGAAGGAGAAGGAGAUGAAUGUGCAUUUAGCAUGCUUACUAGAAUCUAGCUUGCAAUAAUCUUUAGAUGAAUGUGUCACAAAAAAAGCUAAAUGUUGUUGAACAAUAAUUACCUUAUUUUGUGACUAAGUGUAAGGGAAGAUCUUUUUACCUCAAAGGAAAAUGCACUAAAAUUUCUUUGUGCUAGCUGCAUUGGCGUUACGAGUUUAUUUAAAGACGAGUAGUUGCCUCCCAUUAUAUUUUGUUGCUUCUUCACAAAAUUUAUAACCUUCAGAUUACCUUGCUCAUGGAUUCUGAGUGUCGUAAACUCGCCUUCAUUUUCAUCUUUGGAGUUUCUUUCUUUUAUGCUUCUUUUGCUGAGAAAGCCCCACAUUUUUCCUUUGUGAAACCAGCAACAUUGGCUCCUGCAGUUUCCUACUUUGAUUACAUAGUUGUUGGUGGAGGAACAGCAGGGUGUUCACUAGCAGCAACUCUCUCAGAUGGUGCAACCGUGUUAUUGUUAGAGCGAGGAGGAGUACCUUAUGGAAACAAGAAUGUUGAAGAUAUAGGCUCAUUCGGAGCUAAUCUUGCUAAUGUUUCUCCAUCUUCGCCGUCACAAGGAUUUGUAUCAGAAGACGGUGUCUUAAACGCCCGUGCUCGUGUUCUAGGUGGAGGAUCUGCCAUCAAUGCCGGGUUCUACACGAGGGCUCCCCCUGAGUUUGUGGCUAAAGUUGGAUGGGAUUAUGGGUUGGUGAAUCAGUCGUAUGCUUGGGUUGAGAGGAAGGUUGCAUUUGAGCCACCAAUGCUGCAGUUUCAGACCGCGGUUAAAGAUGGAUUGUUGCAGGCAGGUGUGCAGCCUUAUAAUGGAUUUACCUAUGACCAUAUUCAUGGCACCAAAUUUGGAGGGACUAUAUUUGAUAACAAUGGUCACAGACAUACAGCUGCUGAUUUGCUAGAGUAUGCCGAUCCUCGAAGAGCUACUGUUUAUUUGUAUGCUGUAGCUCAGAAAAUCUUGUUCAGCAGGAGAGAGCUUGGGAAGCCAAGAGCUUAUGGAGUGAUAUUCAAGGAUUCAGUCGGAAUCGUGCACAAAGCAUUUCUACGACCAGGGGCAGCAAAUGAGGUGAUUUUAUCAGCAGGUGCACUAGGAAGUCCACAAUUGCUGAUGCUAAGUGGGGUUGGACCAGCUACUGAGCUUAUGCUUCAUGGUAUCGAAGUGGUGUUGGACCAGCCUCAGGUGGGACAAGGAAUGGCUGAUAAUCCCAUGAAUCUGUUGUUCAUUCCUUCUCCUAUUAGUGUGGAAACAUCCCUGAUUCAAGCUGUUGGCAUCACUGAAUUUGGUAGUUUCAUUGAAGCAGCAAGUGGCUCAAGUAAUGUACGAGCUUUCAUGCAGAAUCUUCCUUCAGCUGCUCAGAUGCUGACUUCCCAGGCUAGCCAAUCAUCUGAUGGACCUAAUGUGAUAACUACACAAGGAGACUUGGAUACAGCAAUUGAAUACAUGCAUUCUCUAUUGAACGGAACCAUCAAUAGUGGCUGUAUCCUAGAAAAGAUUGCUGGUCCGCGCUCUUCAGGAUAUUUGCAUCUAGCAACCGUAGAUCCAAAUGACAAUCCUGCUGUCAGAUUCAACUAUUUCCAAGAUCCAGAUGACCUACAAAGGUGUGUUAUGGGAAUGGAGACCAUUAUAAAGGUCAUAGAAUCAGAACCUUUCUCAAAGUUCCGUGUACCAGGAAUGACUACACAAGCACUUAUAAACAUUGUUGUCAACUUCCCUCUAAACUUAAGGCCAAGGCAUUUUUCCACUGCACUUUCUUUGGAACAGUUUUGCAUUGAUACAGUAUUGAGUAUAUGGCAUUAUCAUGGAGGUUGUCAAGUUAAUAAAGUCGUCGAUAAGGACUAUAAGGUUCUUGGCACAGUAGGUUUAAGGGUUAUCGAUGGGUCUACAUUCUAUGACUCGCCAGGGACCAAUCCUCAAGCUACUGUGAUGAUGCUCGGAAGAUAUAUGGGACAAAGGAUUUUAGCACAACGACGAUAAGACUCAAAGGAAAGUAACCACAAGAAAACAUGAUUCUUUGUUAAAAGCAGCCAAAAGAAUACAUGAUUCUUUGUUUUGUAAAACCUUACAUUUGAUUGUUUAUAUAAUGUAUGGUUUGAGCUAAAUUAGCUCUUACAAAACAUACGACCUACUUUUUUACCACAAUAAAUCAUAUUCGACGAACAAAUAUAGUCUGUAUUUUGUAAUAUUAGAUCACAGGAUCAAGUACAUGUAAAUUCAAUUCAAAUGUUUGGCUAAAUUAGACCCCAUCUUGUAGCCUCCCUGGCAAUCAAUUUACGGAAAUUGCUUAUAUUUGAGAUGAUGCA